AUUAAUACGUGAGUAAAAAAAUAUAUCAAAAUGGCGGCCCAAGAUGAAGUUGACGUAUGUGAAAGUUGGGAGGAUAUGGACGAAAUUGGUUUGGAUCAGAAGAUCAAGCUGAUGUCCCCGGAGUGCGUGCCUGAGAAAAAUCUUAAGGGUUGCAAGGUUACAGUUGAGGAUAACGCGUGUAUAGGACCCCAGUGCGUAAUGCCGGAGCCAGCCAUUCGUAUAUUGAAGCGACCCUCGUCCUCUGGCAGCGGUCAAAUGAAUGGCGAGAGUCGAGCGCGCCCUGUCAAAACUCUCGAACAAAGACAGAAAGAGUACCAGGAGGCUCGGCUCAGGAUACUGGGCGAAGCUCGAAGCCCCGAGGACGUUAUUGACGACAACCUAAGUCGGUUGCAAGACAAGCUUCAGGCAAAUAAUCUCAAUGACAAUCAAAAUAGCAGUAAUACUAGUGGUAAAAGUAAAAACUGUCAAAAUGACAAUCCCAAAGGUAAGGAACGUAAGGUCCUAGCACGGUUACCACCAGGCGCCACCCCAGCUGGGGUCUUCCCAUCCCCACCUCCGCGAGGAGUACUUGUCAUACGUACACCGAGAGGCCCAGACGGCACAAAAGGCUUUGUGCGAAGGUAGCAUUACCAAAAUAUGUUUUACCAUACUAAUAUUACUCACAAUUUCAAUAAGUUCCAUCCAAACAACUUUCCUAUGCUGGAAAUGUUUGAAAUUAAAUUAAAUUAUUGUUGUUCAUGACUAUAAUGUAUGAAUUAUGUACCAAAUAUGUCAUAUAAUUUGUCAUUUGUAAUAAUAUAAAAGGCCUACUUUGAAAACAAGAACUUAGUGCAAAAAAAUUGAAAUUAGACAAUUUUAAUUCAAUUCUUAAAAAAUGAGGGUUAGGUUAAUUAUUUGCCUCAUGAACCAACAGUGCAUGGCAAUUAUGAGAUAAACAGUAAUUAGAAAUUUACUUAUCUUAAUGAAUUUUCAUCAAUAUGAUACUGUUUACCAGACAAGCACUGUUUUACCCCUAAAACACCACACACGGGGGUAAUUAACUCUUUAAUAAUACUAUAUUACUAAAUGACAAGUUACAUGGUAAAAACAUGGAAAUUAGGAGUGCUCAUUUCAGGGAACAACCCCAUCUAUUGUGAUACCGUUUGAUUACUACAUCAUUAUAGAAGAUAUUAAUCAAUGAGUCUUAUGAACUGAACACUCAACAAAAUUGUAUGUACAUCAACUAAGUAUUAUUAUGCAUAAUUUUAUUUAUUUAUGCAGCUGACAUAAUUUUCUUAGUAAUUACCUUUGAAGGUUGAAAUGACAAAUGUGUUGUUGAAACAUUGAAAAAAUUACUAUGAUUAAUAUAAAAUUCAUACUUAUGAAUGAAUGUGUGCAUACAAUUAUCAAUUUCAAAUUUUAAACAAAAGGUUUUUAUAUCCAGUUUUUCUAUAUUGUAUAGUAUAUUUUUUAGGGUAAGAUACUUGCUAUUUGUAUAUUUUUAGCUAUAUUAUUUUAUUAAGUUUUUGAUGCUGUAACUGCGUCUGUGUGAACGAAGCUCAAGUUGAUACCGCGGACAGCAUGAAACGUGAGUUCUACACAAAUGUGGUAUCGGUAUCUUGAGUGACUGAGAUGUAUGUAUGGUGAUACCGGACAGUUAUUUUGACGACAAUUAUAAAUGUUGUCCUAUGGUUUUAGGCCAUAUUUCCUAGUCCUAGUUUAUUUUACACUUAAGGCCUGCAACAGUAAGUUAAUAAAAAAAAUAGUUACAUGUUAAUCUUUGCUGUGGAUCAUCCACUUUUAAUUUUAUUCUGUUGUUUUUUUCAAUGAAGUCCUAAUUUCACUGUGAUCAGUUUUCGAUCAAUUGUGAUCACUGCUAUGUACAAUUUAGUGUCUGUAUAUCAAUUAAUACUAAAGAUUGCAUUUUAAAUCCAAUUAAUUAAUAGUGAUUUGAUUUACUGUUGUAGCACCCAAAUUUUGGGUGCCAAAGCCUAAACAUAUCAAAUAAACAUACUUUGUGUCAAAAUAACAGUUGGGCUGUGUAAACCAAUAAGUAAUUAAGUAAGUAAGUUUACAUAUUGUAACUCUGAGGAUUGUGAUAUAGAAUAAUCAUCUUAUUACAAGCCUUAUCCGAUCUAAAAUGUUAUAAUAGUAAAAAUAGUGUUAUAAUAGUGAUUGAGAAUUCUUUGGAUACCUGUUAUCAGAAGCUAGUGGUUCUGAGGUGACUAUAUUGUAUGUUUAAUAGAUUUUAUAUGAAAAUCUUGACCUUUUUAUAGGGAAAAUAAUUUGUUAUCUUGAAACUUAUGUCACAAAUAUGUAAUAACCAUUUGCCUGUUGCUUAGGGCAUGAGAAUAUAUGCAUAGAAGGUAAACUCAUUAGUUGUUGUUUGCUUAAUAAUUUAUACCUACAUCUACACUAGAAUUUUUUUUGUCUUUGGAUUAAUGGUAGCAGACUAACGACACAAUCAUGAUUGGGUACGCGUAUGAAUGCCCUUAAGACUAUACGAGCCCUAACUGGCCGUUAACCAUGGUUUAAAGCGAAGGGCUCGGUAAUUUAUCGUUCGGUUCGGAGCGCGUUUUCCUUCUAUACUUCUUAGUUAUCCACACUAGAAGAGUUAAAUUCUUAAAAACUAAUAAUUUCCAAGAUUGACUUGCAAUCACGAUGUACCGAGAAACAGGGCUUUAAUUCAUAAUAAGUGGUUAUGAGGCAUCGAAUUAAAAGGGAAUAAGUACAUUUUGCGAUAAUUCAAGCUUACAAAAUGUUACAGGUCAUCUGACCACGCGUUAAAAGUUAAAAAGUACAUUCUAGUUUUUUAGAUAAAUGAGAUAGAUUUGUAAUAGUUUAAAGUUAAAGGCAGGGCUUAAAUUAAUUGGGAGACAAAUAAAUUAAACAAGUAAAAUAUAAAAUUGGACAUAGGCGCUACUGGUAUUAGGUAUCUAUAAUGGGAUUUGAUUUGUGACGAGAAAAUAUAUAUUUUUGCAUUAUGACAGAAUGACCCCACGGUUUGAUAGUAAGUCUAAAUAUAAGGUAUUUAUUUGGUAACAAACAGAGAACACAAGCUAAGAUGGUCAUUGAUAGAUAGGUAACUAAAUUAGGAAAUGUUUUUUACUAUACUGUGUUGUAAAUAAAUCGGUUCAUACUUUAUGAACAAAUUUUAGUGCCAAUUAACGUAUUUAUUGCUUUUGCUAGUUGCCUUUAUGUUUGCCUUUUCUUCAAAUUGUGAAUGGGGGAGCAAAAAAUUGUAACAAGGGAGACCAAAUGCCUAUUGUGGUGUUGUAACUAUAUGGGUAGGCAAUAUUACUGUUUGUUACUUUAAAGAUGUGACCAAGGAAUGUAAAAUUCAAAAUGUGUUGUCAGUGCCUUUUUCUGUCAUGCGGAUCUGGGCACGCGUGCGGAUUUAAUAUACAUGCGGGUUGCCCGCAUUUCAUUAUUUCAUACAUGCUAUUAUGCGGUCUGGAUUGGCUGCGGGCACUCAAUACGAAAUCUUUGUCCUGCGUGCAACCUGCAGCGUGACUUUACACGCACAAGGACCAGAUCCGCAUGCGUGCCGAAAUCCGCAUCACAGGAAAAAGCACUUAUGCCCGUUUUCACCAUUAAUCCAUGGACAACAUGACAGGAAUUUAGUUUUCAUAGGGGUCACUUAAGAAUUAGGGAUUGAUGGUGAAAACGGGCACUAGCCCCAUAUAUUACGAUGUUGGCACAACAAAUUGCGUGUUGCGCAAUUAUUACCUUUGUGUAUUUAAUGUAAAGUUCAAUUUUGUUUGACCUAUAAACACCAAUAAUAUGUACCAAAACGCAAAGUACCCGCAAUUUGAGACAUUGAUCCCAAAACUAACAAGAUUAAUUAUAAUGAUCAAAUUCUGUGUUUUAAAGCGGAUAUUGAUGAAAUAUUCACAUUAUUGGUUUUAAUGUGGGACAUGUUUAGUUAUUACGCUCAAGUUUGGUUUCAUAAGAUUUAGAUAUUCAAGUAAAUGUUUACCAUCAGACUUUGCCUUCUUUACCGUUAGAAGUAGGUUUGUUUUUCUUAAUUAUUUAUUUUCAUUGAAAAUGCUUCUUACGGUUUUAUGUUUUGCCUACCUUAUAAUAGUUGUAAUGCACUAGCAAGUCGGAUUUUUAAUUCCAGAUAAAAAAAUAUCCACCUUAGUAACUAAUAUUUCAGUUCCUAUUUUAAGUUUUUGUUAACGAUUUUUGUCACCGAAAAUCAAGAGUGCAUUUAUUUGUCACGUACAUAAUAGGUAUAGACGCUAAGUAGGUUCUCUACAUAGUUACUAACUUAGGUGUCUUCUUCUAACACUAACUUUGUGAAUACAGAAAAACUAAGAUGAGUUCUAGCUUAAAACUCAUCGCCACUAUUACGUGUAUAACUCAAUUCGAAGUUAGAAAUAAUCAUGUAAUUGGAAUUAAAAAUCCAACUGAAAGUGCUAUCACUUUUAAGAUUUGUUAUUAUUAGGUACUAGUGUUACUGUGUGUGCUUUGGUUUAGUUCUGUAUAAUCAUGUUUUCUUAUGGAACCACUCUUCUGUCUACAUCGCAUCUGUCAGUAGGUACACAGUUGAUAAGACUGCAGUACCAGUACUGAGACUCAAGUAGGUACCAGGAAUUUUUGGCAAAUCUUAUGGCGCAGUCAUACUAUGCACGAACUGAACAUAAGCGCGAACACAUUGUACACUAUCUGAUUCGAUUAGUUUUGGGUAUAGUUUAACUGCGCCACAAAAAUGUAAUCCUUAUUAAAACACUUACUAACACAUGAUAUGCCCCACGCAACUUUACUGUAUUUAGAGAGAGUCAGGCUCAGUUUAUCGUAUUUUUGUAACAAUAAAAAACGUAAUUGCAUAUAAAUGACACAUUUAUUUGGAUAAGAUAUGCGAAGUAGUUUCAAUGAAAAAUACUUAC